GUGUUUGUCAGUAAAGAUGUUGCUCGUCACUUUGGCUUUCAUUCAGCUGAAGCUGCUCUGAAAGGACUGUAUGAUCGAGUCAAAAAGGGGGCUGUUCUGAUCUGUGCCUGGGCAGAAGAAGGAGCAGAUGCUUUGGGUCCUGAUGGUUCACUUGUUCAUUCUGAUGCUUUUCCUCCUGAGACUCUGGUGGAUACUCUUGGAGCUGGAGACACAUUCAAUGCUGGUGUCAUCUACAC